CUCUUGUUAAGGGAAAACAAAAAAGAAAAAAAGAAAAAAAGAAAAAAAAGAAAAUUAUCAUUUACAAUUACAAGUGAUAUGGGUGGGUAUAACAAUGGCCAUGAACAACAAAGAAGGUUUGCCAUUCUUGGCAUCUCUUCAAUCCUCCUUGUGGCUAUGGUGCCUAUAGCAUUAGGUUUAAACCAAGAAGGUGGAGCUAAUGCAGAAGCAAAUAAUGUCAAUGUGUUAAACACAAAGGCUAACGGAGAAUCGUUUUGUCAAUCAACACAAUACCAAGAUGCAUGCAAGAAAAGCCUUGGGAAUCAACUUUUUGUAGCCACAGACCCAAAGAAGCUAGUUGAAGCUGGGUUCAAUGCCACAAUAGUGGAACUUUCAAAACACAUAAACAAUGCCACCCUUUAUAAAGAGAUAGCCAAAAAUGACAUGGCAAAGCAAGCUAUGGAUAUUUGUACGGAAGUGUUGGACUAUUCAGUUGAUGCCAUUAUCAAAUCUACUGAGGUGUUGAACAAGUUUGAUCUGGAAACGUUGAGUCAGCACAUUUAUGACCUUAAGGUUUGGCUCACGGGGAGUAUUUCUCACCAAACUACUUGCUUGCAAGGCUUUGAGAACGCAAAAACACAAGUUGGUGGCGCAAUGCUUCAGGUUUUGAGUGCCUCUAUGGAGCUUAGUAGCAAUGCAUUGGAUAUGACCAACAUAAUCACUGGAUAUCAAAAAGGUAACCAAGCAAAUAAAAUUGCCAAUAGGAGACUUCUCACUAAUGAAGCAACAAAUGAGAAUGGUUUCCUCUCGUGGGUGAAUGAAGGGAAUCGACGCUUUCUUGAGGCGGCUGCAACUGGGAGUGCUAAGCCCAAUGCAGUUGUGGCCCAAGAUGGGUCUGGCCAAUUUAAAACACUCAAUGAUGCUCUCAAGACUGUUCCCCCCAAUAAUGCUAAACCUUUUGUCAUUCAAGUCAAGGCUGGUGUGUACAAAGAAACUGUGAAUGUGGCCAAGGGGAUGACCCAUGUCACGGUUAUUGGAGAUGGUCCUACAAAAACUACAUUCACUGGCAGUUUAAAUGUUGUUGAUGGAGUCUUAACUUACAACACUGCUACCUUUGGUGUUCAUGGUGCAAACUUCAUGGCAAAAGAUAUUGGAAUUGAAAACACAGCAGGGUCUGUAAAACAACAAGCAGUGGCACUUCUAGUAGCAGCAGACCAAGCUGUGUUCCAUAAUUGCCUUAUUGACGGAUUCCAAGAUACCCUUUUUGCUGAAUCCCAACGCCAAUUCUAUCGUGAUUGCACCAUUAAAGGCACCAUUGACUUUAUCUUUGGGGAUGCCGUUGGAGUGUUCCAAAGCUGCACACUAGUUGCAAAAGAACCUUUACACGGAGCCCGAAGCUUAGUGACAGCUGGUGGUAGAAUAAAAGAAAAUAGUCCUAGUGCCCUUGUGUUCCAAAGCUGCAACAUCAUGGGGGAACCCAAAGUGCUUAGCGCAAAUCCUAAGAUAGCACUUCUUGGAAGGCCAUGGAAGCCAUACUCUAAGGUGGUGUUCAUGGACUCUCAAAUUGAUGGUUCCUUUGCCCCAGAAGGGUAUGAGGAAUUUGCUUCAAAUUCAUUCAAAGAAACAUGUUUAUAUUAUGAGUAUAAUAACAAAGGCGCUGGUGCUGUCACAACGGGUAGAGUUAAAUGGAAAGGUGUUAAGACUAUAACCGCUACCGAAGCAGCUGAUUAUUAUCCUGGGAAGUUCUUUGAACUCGCUAAUUCAUCAUCAAGUGAUUCUUGGAUCGUUAAUUCUGGGGUACCCUACUCGCUUGGCCCUAUCAGUGGUGCAGGUCCCAAAGCCUCAGCCUAAAAUCCUAUUGCACUAGCCCAAAAUGAGGUUAACCAACCCAAUGUUUAUUUUGUAUAUACAUGAUUUUUAUUUAGUUCAUCAAGUAUAUAUAUAUUGUAAAUAAUUGUGAUUUUUCCUUGACAAAUGAGAUUAGAAUCUUGCUCAAGGAAAAACUUGAUAUCUUGUUAAUCUUCUACUUUUUUAAUAAAACAUUGCUAUUUGUGUUUUU